AUGUCUUUUGAAAAUAUAGAUGGUAACGAAGGAUAUAAUUCUUCUGAUGAUGAAGAUUUAGAUGCAGAAUUUGAAUUGGAAGAUGGAUACUUUGACAAAGAAGGAAAGUUUAUUUCAAACUUUAGUUGA